GCUACCUCUCUCCGCCGCACUCGCAGUCUCGCUGCCGUAGAGUCAACUUCCAGCGCGUCCCGAAACACACACAACUUCCAACAUGUGCGACGACGAUGUUGCUGCGCUUGUAGUCGACAAUGGCUCCGGCAUGUGCAAGGCCGGUUUCGCCGGAGACGACGCGCCCCGCGCCGUGUUCCCGUCCAUCGUGGGCCGCCCCCGUCACCAGGGUGUGAUGGUCGGUAUGGGUCAGAAGGACUCCUAUGUAGGUGAUGAGGCCCAGAGCAAACGUGGUAUCCUUACUCUGAAGUACCCCAUUGAACACGGUAUCGUCACCAACUGGGAUGACAUGGAGAAGAUCUGGCAUCACACCUUCUACAACGAGUUGCGUGUCGCUCCCGAGGAACACCCCGUCCUCCUGACCGAGGCUCCCCUCAACCCUAAGGCCAACCGUGAGAAGAUGACCCAGAUCAUGUUCGAGACCUUCAACACCCCGGCCAUGUACGUCGCCAUCCAGGCCGUCCUCUCCCUGUACGCUUCCGGUCGUACCACCGGUAUCGUGCUCGACUCUGGUGAUGGUGUCUCCCACACUGUCCCCAUCUAUGAAGGUUACGCUCUGCCCCACGCCAUCCUCCGUCUGGACUUGGCUGGUCGCGACUUGACUGACUACUUGAUGAAGAUCUUGACCGAGCGUGGCUACAGCUUCACCACCACCGGUAAGCGUGAAAUCGUUCGUGACAUCAAGGAGAAGCUUUGCUACGUCGCUUUGGACUUUGAGCAGGAGAUGGCCACUGCUGCCUCCUCCACUUCUCUGGAGAAGUCGUACGAGCUUCCCGACGGUCAGGUCAUCACCAUCGGCAAUGAGCGGUUCCGUUGCCCCGAGGCCCUCUUCCAGCCCAGCUUCUUGGGUAUGGAAUCUUGCGGCAUCCACGAGACCACUUACAACUCGAUCAUGAAGUGCGACGUCGACAUCCGUAAGGAUCUGUACGCCAACACUGUCCUCUCCGGCGGAACCACCAUGUACCCCGGUAUUGCUGAUCGUAUGCAAAAGGAAAUCACCGCCUUGGCCCCAUCCACCAUCAAGAUCAAGAUCAUCGCUCCCCCUGAGCGUAAAUACUCCGUCUGGAUCGGUGGCUCCAUCUUGGCCUCCCUCUCCACCUUCCAGCAGAUGUGGAUCUCCAAGCAGGAGUACGACGAGUCCGGCCCUGGCAUUGUCCACCGCAAGUGCUUCUAAGCGUGCCGCUGAUGAUCGCGCUGCUGCAGCCUGCUGCAGCCGCCGCGGGGUGAUAGUGCUGUGUGUUGUGUUGUCUCGUUAUGAGUUCGGAACGCAAGCAUUUUGUACGUUGUACGUAGUGAUACCUGACAGAACUGAACAUCUAAAUAUAACGCCAUCUAUUGUAAUGUAAUUUAUUUGUAAAAUUUAUAUAAAUUUAAUUUUCUUUUUUAUUUUUAUUAUAUACACGGGAUCGUUAUGGAUCUCAAUGCCAAUGUAAUUAAUAAAUAAACGGUUAAUUUAUUUAUUUUAAUUACAUCAUUUCUUUUUUAUACAUA